AUGCCUCACAUUCGUGAUUUAAGUAUUAUUUUAAGCAAGGGUUUUAGGCGAUCAAUAUCUAGCUCUAUCGAUGAUUGUUCGAUUCUGAGAACUAGUGCGUUGAUUAACGGACACUGGAGAAAGGGCGAACAAUACACUGUCAAAAACGCAUCAACAUCUGAAGAAUUAUGCAAAGUGACAAAUUGUGGUAUUAAGGACUGUCAAGAUGCUAUCAAAGCUGCGAAAACAGCUUUUAAAAGUUACCACCGUCUUUCAACAGCUGAAAGAUCCCAAAUUUUGACUGAUAUAUACGACUUAAUUCAAGAGCAUAGCUUGGACCUCGCCCGCUUGCUGAGCUUGGAAAGCGGGAAAGCGUUCCAAAGCUCAAUGAUUGACAUUACCAACGCUGCUAGCUGGUUCCAGUUUUUUUCCAAAGAAGCAUCAAGACCGUCAGCAAAUUCGGAAAUGGUAUUGUCACCGCAUCCGCGAGUGACAUUGCAGGUCAAUCAACCGGUGGGCGUACUGGCUUUUCUGCCUCAUUGGUCUUUUCCAGCAGCAGUUUCCAGAAACAUAGCUGCAACGAUUGCCACGGGAAACACAUGUGUGGUACAACCAGCCCAGGAAACACCUUUGACAUCGCUGGCGUUGGCAUACCUAUGCACUCAAGCUGGACUACCCAAUGGAGUCUGCAAUGUACUUCCCUCUACACAAAGACCAACUUUUGAGAAACUGUUGCUCAAAAAUAAGGCCGUCCACAGACUUGUGUACAUCGGUCCGCACUAUAUGGGGAAAAACAUCUUGAAUGAAGGCCGUGGCUCAGGAAGUCUCGAAAAGAUAUCUCUAUAUUCAAGAGAUGAGGUUCCCUUUAUUGUUUCUGACACCGCAAACGUCCAGAAAGCAGUACAAGAUUUAAUCCAGUGUCGAUUCAGGUUGUCUGACCAAGAAGGCAGUCGUAUAAGUCGAGUUUUCGUCCAUGCUUCUAUUUAUGAUGAGUUUGCGCGGAAACUUGUGUCACUUGUGGAGUCUACCAGUUGUUUGGGGGACCCCUUUGCUCACAAAGUCACUUAUGGACCAUUGAGUGAUCCAAACGAAACCCAGAAGCUUUCAGAAUUGAUUGAAGAUGCGAAAGAUAAAGGAGCCUGUGUCUUGUGUGGAGGCGUGAAAGCUGAAAGUCUAGGAGCAGGAUUCUUCCGCCCCACGGUUCUGAGCAAUGUCACUCAAGAGAUGAAGAUAGUACAGAAGGAAUUUUACGGUCCCAUUGCCUCCUUGGAAAAGUUCGAUUCGCUUCAGAGCGUUUUCAGCAAUGUUAACCGAGAACACAUUGGCUCCGCCGCAUAUUUGUACUCUUCCGACUCAAAAUCGAUUUUCAAAAUAGCAGCAGAGCUACAUGUUGCAAUCCUGCACAUCAAUACGGCAUUUAACAAUGAUUAUAGUGGAAUGAAUGCUCUUUUAUGGUCAUCAGAUUCAGAUAACUAUGUCAAGACUAAGGCCCUAAUAUGGGAACCAUAG